AUCAUUUUCCCAUCUCUUCCCCUCUACAAACAUGGCCGCGAAAUCUGAUGGUGCUCCUGCCUCUCCGCGAAACGAAAUCCCACCCGAGUGUCUCGCCCGGUCCGAACCGGCACCGCCGGAGCGCCGCGUGAGCGAGCACCGGUACAGCCUGCAGGACUUCUGCUGGACCCUCUGCGUCCUGCUGGUGUUUUUCUCGGACGGGGCCUCAGACCUGUGGCUGGCUGCCGACUACUACCUGCGGAGGGAGUACUGGUGCUUCGCCUUGACUCUGGUCUUUGUGAUCGUCCCGUCCGUGGUCGUGCAGGUGUUGAGCUUCCGGUGGUUCGCCUAUGAUUUCACGGAGUCCGUGGAGAGCGGCACGGCGGCGGCAGCCGUGGUGGCGGCGGCGGAUGGCGCGGAGGGAGGCGACUUCAGCACCAAGGACAGCGGCGAGUGGGGCGCUGGCCGGGCCGCCGCGGUGCUGCCGGGGCCGACCGGCGGGGGCCGACUCCGGGACUGCUGCAGAGCCUUCAUGUGGGUCUUUCAAGCCCUCAUUCACAUUUUGCAGCUGGCGCAGGUCUGGAGGUACGUCCACGCCUUGUACUUGGGGGUGCAGAGCCGUUGGCAUGGCGACCCUGAGCGGCGCCACUACUACUGGCGGAUGAUGUUUGAGAGCGCGGACAUCAGCAUGCUGCGUCUGCUCGAGUCCUUCCUGAAGAGCGCUCCUCAGCUGGUGCUGCAGCUCAGCAUCAUGAUCCACACCAGUCAGGUUCUACCUCUUCAGGGGAUUUCUGCCUCCGCCUCGCUGCUGUCCCUCGCCUGGAUGAUCUCCUCCUACCAGAAAGUCCUGAGGGACUCGAGAGACGACAAGCUCCCCAUGACCUACAAGGCCGUGAUGGUCCAGAUCCUGUGGCACCUGUUCACCAUCGGUGCCCGGGCGCUGGCCUUCGCCCUCUUCGCCUCCGUGUUCCAGCUUUACUUUGGCAUCUUCAUCGUGGCGCACUGGUGCAUCAUGACCUUCUGGAUCAUCCAAGGCGAGACGGACUUCUGCAUGUCCAAGUGGGAGGAGAUUAUCUAUAACAUGAUGGUGGGCAUUGUGUAUAUUUUCUGCUGGUUCAGCGUCAGAGAGGGCCGCACGCGCUGCAGGUUGCUCAUCUACAGCCUGACGGUGUUCGUGGAGAACGUGGCGCUCACUGCCGCCUGGUUCGUGUACCGCGGGGCGGCCGAGCGUCACGGCGGCCCGGACUUCUACGCCGUCGUCAUGGUGUGCAUUGUGGCCAGCAGCUACGCGCUUGGCACCUUUUUCAUGUUUGUGUAUUACUGCCUGCUGCACCCUGACGGCUCCAUGUCCGGGUGGGGGUACAUAGUGGAGAAGGAGGUUCCAGUGGAGGUGCUGGCGUCGCCGGCCUCCAGCCUCCCGCCGGAUCUAGUCGGCAGCCCGCCGAGGACCCUCCAGAGAACUAAAGGCUUGGACAGGGAUCCUGGGGUGGACGGAGACGUGUUUAAGGUGCGCCCUCCGCGGGGCGCCAAGCCCCCUCUGCCUCACCUCAAACCCAGGACAGAGGGCCCCGUCAUCCGAAUAGACCUCCCGAGAAAGAAAUACCCGGCAUGGGACGCUCAUUACAUCGACCGACGGCUGCGUAAAACCAUCCUGGUGCUGGAAUGCGCAGCCCCAGUGACGCCGAGGAUUCAAUACCGCUGCCUGAGCACAGCCAAAGAAGUGAUGGAGUACGAAACCACCGUGUGAUGUGCCGGAGAUGCUGUGACUCAGCUGGACAUCCCGCCUUAAAGUGAAGAUGGCAGGAGGAACUGCUGUCAAUGCACAGUCUGUUUCAGCUCCGCGAUCUCCAAUUGCUCUCUGUGCUGAAGAAGAGAGAGGUGAAGGAAUGCGUCUUUAUGUUCUGCUAGAAAAAAAAGAAGGGUUUAAAAGAAAUUAUGUUGUGUAUAGGGCUGGGCGAUAAAUCUGUUUAUGAAUUUUUUAACAUUUAAUUCCAAAAUUGAUACAUUUUUGAAUUAAACAUGCACUCAUUGGGUGACUUCAGCUUGCCCAAGUCCGCCAUUUUGUUUUGUGUUUUAUUUGGAUUUUGGAAUCAGGUCAACUCUUCUAUAUAGAAUUAAGACCAGCCCACAAAUUAAUUUUUUUAAUUACGAGAAUAAAUUUAUGUUUGUCAAACACAACAAAACAACAGAAAAAUUAAAAUGAGGAAUGCUGAGCAUCUUGCACGGUUAUACUUUGGAAUAGGUUUUUAAAGAUAAUACUUAAUAGAAAUACUUAAUCUUAUAAACACAUCAGCAUCAAAUUAUUAUCAGCACCAGGACUUUGAAAUAGAAAUGCAAACAGUUACACGACUUAUAAUUAAUUGUCGAUUAACUGUUUCGGGUCAUGAAUAAAGUUAAACCUUCUUUUAGCGUUGUAGUUUGACCUCCAUCCUGCAGAGGCGCUGCUGGUCAUCCUUAGGCCAAGCCUAUCAUCCUGAAACAAAGAUGGCGACAUAGCAUAACAGGAAAGAGAAACGACCCGAACACAAUCCGAUGUGUUACAAAAUAAACUUUAUGCGGUUUUGUUUUGAAAUAUAAACACUCGACAAGCUUUUUAAGUUUCACCUCAAUACAUUUUGCUUAGCCUAGUUGUUUUUUCUCAUUAAAACGACUUAUUUUAAGAUGUUUUUUCUGUUAAAAUUGUAUCUUUAUUUAGCUAACGUUGACUAUAUUCUCGUAAUUAAACAAAAUUUCUCAUACCCUAAUACUCCGUGGUAAUCUAAGGGAUGAUUAAAAAAUAUUUUCUAUCACUUGUAAUUUCUUUUUUAGAAAAAUAAAGCGAGAUCAAACUCCUCGAAAGUCGGAUUUGAUAUGAAAAGAUCAGAGAUUUCAUGUUUUAAGCCAAAUCGCCCAGCCCUAGUCGUGUACAGAAGGUGCAUACUUUGGUUUCUGUAUCAGUUCUCAGGUCAUGAUGUGGCACAAAGACGUAAGGAAAAAGCACAGACAGGCAGAGAAAUGUUAGUUCCUCCGCCGUGAGGGAAGCACCAACCUCUGCAGGGUGUCGACGGCAGAGACAAGCCUUCAAACACGCAGGAUUAUUUAUGGCAGCUACAACACCGCUGA